UGCAACAACUUUGGAAAAACAUGGAACAAAAAUUUCAAAACCUGUUGCAUGGAUUUUUCUUCUCAAUAACAAAGGUUAUUCAGUCAUGCCUAAUCUUAAUAACAAUGAUGAAGUUUGCAAUGAUAAAAAGAUAGUUCCAAUAAAAACUGUGGAAAGUGCCAUUAGCACAAAUGGUGAGGAUAAUGAUGAGAAAGCUGUCACUCAAAUAAAAAUAGAAAAACCUAUGGAAGUUUUUAAAGCUGAGGGGACUUCAUACCCAAGUUUAGCAAAAAUUGAAGAGUCUACAAAUGAUGAUGACAUAUCUGAAUCAAGUAUGCCAAAAGGGUGGGGUCGAAAAGUUGUGCAAAGACAGUCAGGAAAAACAGCAGGAAAAUUUGAUAUAUACAUCUUGACGCCAGAUGGAAAAAAACUGAGAUCCAGAAAAGAACUUUGUUCAUAUUUAUCUAAGUAUAAUGUUCAUAUUGAUGUAGAAAAACUAUUUACACUUUGUGGAAAAACUACAAAAACGUUUGUAAAGUCUGCUAUUAAAUGUGGAAGUAUUUUUCAAAAGCAUAGUUCCCCCUUCAAGAAAAUGACCAGAAGUUGUGGUGCAGAUAGUGCACAGAAGGAUACAUCAGAAUUCCAAGUGAAACUGACUUCAAUUAAAAAGCAACUCCAAUCAACUUGUGCCCAACAGGAGUCAACAGAAGAUUAUUCUAAACCAGACCCAUCAAUAUUAGGACAAACAGAAAAGAACUCAGUUUCUAAUGUUUCUAAUCAGAAAAAAAGAGCAGUACCUUUAUCAAAAUAUGGAUCAACUGUACAAAAAUCCAAAAAGCUUAAAAAAGAGAACUCAAAACUCAAACCAAAAAAGACAGAAGAUCCUUAUCCUGUGUGGACAUUUUUGAAAACCUUGUUUUCAGUUUCAACAUCCAGUAGGAGUUACAAAAGUAGAAGCUGGCCAGUUUGUAACCAAUACCUUGUAAAUAAAUAUUUUCUUUUUUUCGCUUGUGUAUUGUAUUUCCUAUACUUUCCAUGUUUAAACUAUUAAUCUGAAUAAAAUUCUUGGAAGGUUCUGUAUUGUGGAUACUUGUAACUACUUCUCAGAUAUUAUUGUACUCGCAUAUCAUAUUCUAGUUAUCAAAUAUAUUUUGAUGGCAUGAUCAAAGGAUUGUUUUAUUGCAUAGAUUAUUUUCAGUGUGCUUCUUUUUCUAUUCCACUCUGGCACAGUAGCAUUUAUAAAUCAUGAACAUUUGAGGGCUCUUUUUGAGGCCAUGUAAAGGAGGAACUACAGACGAGGUGAGAUCUUGGUUUGAGAAUGCAGCAAGGACUAGGAGAGGCAUUAUAUCUUAGACUAAACACUUUCACCAGCCAUGUGAGAACUAUAACUACAUUUUUGUUUCAUCCUCAUGAUGAAGAGAUUGAUAAGUGAUUAGGAAAAACCCCAUGUUACUGUUAAAUGACCUUUAUUCAUUAUAUACACCUGGAAAAAAGUUAA